AUGGCUUUACAGACAAUCAAGGUGUAUGCGAAGAAAGGGAUCAGCUGGUUCUUUCCCGAGCCUGAGAAGUCUGAGGAUGGUCGUGAUCAGUGGCCUUCUAGAGCAGCCUUCUUGUUAGCUGCUAUGGGUGGUUGUGCUGGUCAAGGCAAUCUUCUUCGCUAUCCUUCUGUUGUGUACAACAAUUAUGGUCUGCAAUGGUUUAUACCAUAUCUUCUUGCUGUCUUUCUUAUCGCCAUUCCUGCACUCGUUCUCGAGAUCGCUAUCGGGCAAACCUAUAGAGGUGGGAGUGUCAUCGCUUUCAACAGCAUCAAUCGACGUCUCAAAGGUGUCGGUAUCGGACCUGUCUUUGUCAGUUUUAUCGUCGUCCAGUACUUUACCGUCAAUCUCGCUUGGAUUAUGAUCUACUUCAGAAACUCUUUUACUAGUCCACUGCCUUGGGAAAACCGCAUUGAAGACUUUUACAAUAACGAUGUUGUCGCCAACCCAGCACCUAUUGUGGGAAGCCUUACCAACGGAGGCAAAGAUGUCGCAUCGUACACGACUUAUCCGGCUGUCGGACUUAUCGGAGAGACAGUGGGAUGGAGCGCCUUUAUCUGGUUCCUGAUCUGGUUCUCCAUCUUUCGUGGAGUUGGCAUGACUGGUCGCGUUGUAUACUUUACAAUGGGACUACCCAUAAUCACCACCAUCAUUUUCGUCGGCCGUGCACUCUCGCUGGACAAUGCGGGUGCUGGAGUCAAGCUUCUUUGGGGAACUUGGAGAGGAGAUCAAUUGGCUUCUGGUACCGUUUGGCAAACUGCCGUAGGACAAGUGUUCUUCUCGACUGGUAUUGGAUUUGGCUAUUUCACGUCCUAUGCCUCAUACAACCAAAAGCACUCGAAUGCUGUUAUGGAUGCUGUACUCAUUUGUGGCAGUAACGUUCUCUUUGAGAAUUUUGCAGCCUUCGCUAUUUUUGGUAUCAUUGGCUUUCUUCGACGCUGGCCGUCACCAGAUGAGCGCUUGGGAGCUUUCGUUGUUGGCUUUCUUACUCUACCAGAGGCGGUUUUGCAGAUGCCUGGAGCCAAUUUCUGGGCUGUUCUUCUUUUCCUGACUUUGAUUGUGCUGGGAUUCAGCUCUGCGUUUGUUAUGCUGGAUGUGGUUGCUACUUUGCUCGUGGACUCUGGUGUCAAAUACUCUCGCCCGGUCAUCGUUACCGCCCUCACGCUGGUGUCGUUCUUGAUGUGUCUUCCAUAUUGCACCGAGUUUGGAUACUAUUUGCUUGACGGUGUAGAUCGGUGGAUCAACAAUAUCGCACUCAUCUUUGUCGUCUUUUGCGAGGUUGUCAGUGCUACCACCGUCUACCGCUGGAAGGAUGUUACGGGACAAGUUGGCUUGCCUGCUUUUAUCGUCUACAACCUCGGAUACUUCGGAGGACUGCUUAUUGGCAUUACUGUAGCCCAUGGCCUUGAGAGUGCGGGCCCCGGUGCAGGAGCCGGCUUUGGCUUUUUUGUCAUUUGUACAGUGAUUGCAGGUGUCAUCGCUAAGUCCACAGAAACACGCGGCAAAGGCAUGAUUGCCAAAGCUAGAGAUCAGCUUAAUCAACUGUGGUACCUCGCGUUCUACUCAGGCAAUCAACUUCGUCACGACCUAAAUCUCACCAUCGCCAGUCCCGGUUCCAAAAACUGGAAGAUUCCCUUCUUCCUCCCUAUCCUCUUGCGCUACGUGUCUGGCCCCGUCCUCGCCAUCAUCUUGAGCUUCGCCUUUCCCGAAUUUCACAUUCUUCGCUAUGAUCCUAUGAUGAUUACUGGUUUCAUUCUCUCCAUCCUCGGUAUGCUUGCUGUAUUGCUGGGUUUUGUGUUGCCGAGGUAUUAUGAUGCCUUCAUUCCAAUAGAAAGGAGAGACGAGGGUACUAAAGAAACUGUACUCAACCAGCCGAUGGAAGAGAUUGAUGCCAUUUCGGUCGUCACAUCUGAGGGCGAUGGGGGCGAGAAGCUGGCAGAGGGCAAGGUCAAGUAA